UUUCACUUCCGUUGUCACGUUGUGUUUAAUAAUAUUCCAAUCCAUCCGCUGUCAUGACCAGUACAAAACAAUGCCCCUGUCAAAAACAAGAACAACUAUGAGUAAUAAGGCACGAUUGGAACAUAAAUUAUAUUUGGCAAGAGAGAAUCCUGAACCGGUAUUUGACAUUUCAGAAUGUUCAUUAAAACAGGUCCCAUCAGGAACUUACACAUUGUGCAAAGUGUUCAGGAAAAGGACACUUUUGUUAAACAAUAACAAAUUAAGUUCACUUGCAGGUGGAGGUGCCUUAAGUGAUCUUUCACUUUUAACUAUUUUAGACCUCAGUUCUAAUGAACUCAAUAGUUUGCCUUCUGAUGUUCGAAAUCUCGUCUCUCUCGAGAAAUUGUUUCUUCAGGAUAAUAAUUUAAAGAGAUUGCCAAAUGAAAUUGUCAAUUUAGGAAAUCUAAAUGUCCUAAAUGUCUCAAAGAAUAAUCUAAAAGAAUUACCGGAAUUGUUGGGAGAACUGAGAAAGCUGACAAUUCUAAAUAUUAGUUUUAAUAAAGCCAUAAAAUGCCUACCAAAGUCAUUAGGUUACGCACAAAAAAUAAUACAAUUAGAAAUAGAUGGACUAAAUCAUCUUUCAUAUCCUCCAAAGGAUAUUCUCGAUGGAGGUGCAAUUGUGAUUAUAGCAUUUUUAUCAAUUGAAUGUGGUAUUGAAUAUAAUCCAGAGGAAACAUUUGUAGAGACUGAACAAAUAAAAAAUGUAAAUAGUGAACAAGUUAAAACUUUUUAUCAAAAUAAGGACAACGACACUCAGGCAACUCUCAUUCUACUAGCAAAAGCAAAGGAACAAAGGCAAAGUGCACUUUUGGAAGUCGAAAGAAACAUGAAGGAACAAAAAGAAUUAGAAUUGGGAUUACAGUCGAUGUUGAAAAAUAAUAAGAAAAAGCUUUUGGAGGAUUUAGUAUUACAACAGUCACAACUGGAACAGGAAAUUGUUAAAGUUCAACAAGAACGAGAUGUCAAUAAGGCUAAAUUACUCUCCCAUAUUUAUGACGCUGAAAAAGAAGCGGACGCAGUGAUAAAACAAUUUCUUAAGACAAGUGAAGAAGAAAGACUUACUCAGGCGACGUUAACCGAGCAAGAAAAACGUGAAGAAAUGCAGUUGCUCAAUGCGAGUUGUUCACAGCAUUUGCUUCGAACAAAAGAUACCCUCAUGUCAAUGGAGGAACUUUUGAAAGAAGAAUUGCUGAGGGAAAAUAGGCUGGCAGAGUACGCAAAGUUUCGGGAUUAUAAUGCUCGUUCUCUACUGAGCAUUGAAGUGAAGAAUAACGACAAUCUAAUGCAGAUUAUGAAAAAUCAAGAGCGAAAUAGACAAGAUUUGGUAGAAAGAUUGAGAAAAGAUGAAGCAUUGCAGAAAGCUGCUGUUGCUGCAUUGCUAGAACUCAGUGAUGCAAGAUCAUGGAGUAUAGUUCAACAAGUCAAUUUAGUUCAGUCACAACUUGCAACACUGACAAAUAUUGAAUUGGAAAGAAGAAAACUUGAGAUGAAUCAGCAACUCAAUGAUAUUGCUGACAAGAGGGUGACAUUAAGUGCGAUACUUUUGGACCUAUUAGAACAGCAAGAGAAACGACGGGAGGAACUUUUAGAUACAAUUAAACAUAUUGAGGAAUACCGUGAUACGAGUCCAACGAGGAGGAGCAGUUUAUUCUGGUUAAUGCAAUAUCAAUCACUGAUGGAUGCAAGACCUCAAGGACUGUUAGAAACUUUAGAACCAACAUUAGUUCGACACGUAGCGAUAGCAGGGGUUUUACAUUGUUUGCCAUUUUUGACAACAUUGCCGUCGAUGUUACCUGACAUUGACGACGAACAAUUGAAAGCAAUUGGAAUCAACAGUGACGUUGACAGAGCAGCGAUAAAAUUGGCAGCGGAAAAUUAUUUAUCAGAGAAAAAAUUAAAUUCACAUGAACCAAUAAUCAUUCCUUCAGCUCCUAUUGAUGAUCAUCCUUCUGCCCCACCAGAAGAGGCACCCUGCACGAGUACAUCUAUUCAAGAAAAUACACAAAGAAUGAAUACAACAGAAUGUGUUGUUUGCAUGGAUUCACAAUGUGACAUAAUUUUCUUUCCCUGCGGACAUCUUUGCUGUUGCGCAAUUUGUACAGAAAUGAUAACCUCGGAAUGCCCCAUGUGUCGAAGUGAAAUAACUCGAAAAAUAAGGGUUAUUCAGCCUUGAAAAGAACAUUUUUUCCUAAAGAUUUCAUUUUCAUUUUGAAAUCUCAUAAUUUAAAAUUUUACGAUUUCAAAAAAUUCGUAUUUUAAUAAUUUCGAACGUAAUAAUUUCAAAAAAUUCAUAAAUUCAAUUUCGUAGUAUAUUAAAGCGUAGAAGCAUUUUUAAAUUUCAUAUUUUAUGUAAAUAGAAUGGCUAGAGUAGAUUUGUAUUUUUCGAAAGUAAUAAAAUUUAAUAUAAUACAAAAAUGAAGAAUCGAAACAAGUCUUCAGU